AUGUCGGAAAAUGUCAACUUUGACGAGAUAUGGGAAGAGGCUAUCGAAACCUAUCAUGCCACCACCAAACGCACGAUUCCAGAGCGAGAGGUCUUUGGGCGGAUCUGCGACCCAGAGGACUUACGGAAGUAUCUGCAGGAUCACCAGAGCCAGUUCAAGAGCUUCACAAGCAGCGAUGAGAAGAUUCUCAACGGAGUCAAUGCCGCGAUACGGCCCUUCAUGAGGCUAUCUGAGCGAACAUCCACCUCUCAUGCCGCCUCUCCGCUCUACCUUGCUUCUCCUAUCAUUGGGGCAACAUGCUUCAUGUUCCAAGCUGCUGGGGAUAUCGCCCAGUCAUACAAGUGGAUAGAAGAGCUAUUCGGAAAACUGGAAGGAUAUGCAGACCGCCUUGAUGAGUAUAUCAAAGGGGAAGUUUCUCCGGCACUCAAGAAGAACAUCGUUAAGGUGUUUGCCUGCUUCUUGAAGAUUCUAGCUUGCUCAGAAAUGAUCAUGAAGACAAAAAAGCUGAAGAAAUACACAAAGGCACUAUUUCUCGGCCAAGAUGAGAAUAUUACAAAAGCAUUUGAUGAACUGGACCGACUUUUUGCGGAGGAACAUGGACUGGUUAACGCUAUUGUGCUCGCAACAUCCCAGCAAAUCAAAGAAGAUGGUCAGAAAAUUCUACUGUCGUCUGAGGCAGCUCAGAUGGAGAUGCAGACCAAACAGUUACGAGAAGAUAUUAUCCAGUGGUCCUCAUCAACAAACUUCGCAGCAAAAUACUAUGACUAUCUGGAAAAACGACAGCAAGACACUGGAACAUGGUUUCUGGAAGACCCCAAAUUCAAAGACUGGGUUGAGGGCCAAGGGAAUAGCACCCUUUUUUGUUACGGGAGCCCAGGCGCCGGGAAGACAAUCAUGGCUACAACGGUAAUUGACCACCUCGAGAGAACCAGGAAAAGCAGUACAACACCCGUGACUUAUAUCUACUGUAGCUACACAGAUGGUAUAAGCCAGACCCCCAGCACUCUGAUUUCUGCAGUUCUUCAACAGCUUCUGCAAUCUCGAGAAUCUGUGCCACCUGCCGUCCUAGAGGUCUACGAGGACAAGAAAGAAGGCAGACCAUUGUAUCAAGACAUGAUGGAUAUGAUGAAGGGUAUGGUUCAGGAAAAUGAAGUUUUCUAUCUGGUGAUUGAUGCUUUGGACGAGGCCAUGGACAAGCACGAGACAUAUGCAAAGCUUCUGAAUGCAGUCGAAGAAUUACAGGAAGAAGCGAAUAUGCGGGUUUUUAUUACCUCUCGAUCGAUUCCAGAGAUCACGGAGAGGUUUGAGCCGGAAUCCAUGCUGGAAAUCCGGGCUAGCCGUGAGGAUCUCCAGGAAUACCUCGAUCACGUGUCCUGGAGAGCUUGGAUAAGAAGGGACGAGAACCUCAUCACACAAAUAAAAAACGGUGUGGUAGAUGCAGCCGAUGGAAUGUUUCUCCUGGCUUGCCUAUACGUCCAAUGGCUUCAAGGCUUGACUCGGCGCAAAGAAAUAAUCAAAUCACUGCAAGUCAUAUCCCACGACUCUCGGGAAAGCUCCGAGUUUGAUCGAGUGUAUGAUCAAGCAUACGCAUUAACCAUUCUGAGAAUCGAAGGACAGUCGCCGGAGCAGAUAAAAUUGGCAAAACAAGCCAUCUCUUGGAUUACUUAUGCUCAACGGCAGCUGAGUAUUACAGAACUAUGCAGUGCUCUUGCUAUCGAGCUUGAGACGGAUGACUUGGAUGAGGACAAUAUCCCAUCCAUUGAGGAGAUCAUCUCGGUUUGUAUGGGGCUCGUGGUGAUUGAUAAACAUGGCGAGAAUGUUCGUCUUGUGCAUUACACCACACAGGAGUAUUUGGAAAGAACACGCUGCAAGUGCAUUCCAGAAGCAGAGAGUGAAAUUGCGUCGAUGUGCUUGACGUACUUGGCAUAUGAUGCAUUUCGAGAUGGAGGUUACACCGUGGGGCGUGAUAUUGACGCCAGGAUCCAGAAUUAUCCGCUGUUGCCAUACUUGGCACAAAACUGGGCCAUACACGUCCUAAUGGCUGAAGGCCAGAUGCUUCAUCUUGCAUUGCGUUUCCUGCAAUGUGAUGGUUCCGUCAAUGCAGUUGCUCAAGUGGCAGAAAAGGCAUCUCCGGACGGUAAGGUGGCUAUGAAUACCACGGCCUUGCAUUUAACAUCACGUUUUGGCUUGUAUUUGCUAUCCAGAGAACUCCUGUCAUCUCGAACGGAGAGCAAUGAAGACGAUGAGGAGACGCACAUUCCUCAGCUCAAUGCGAAAGAUGACCGCAGAAGGACGCCCCUCAUGCUAGCAGCCCGCCAUGGCCACUUGGCUAUAGUCAAGCUACUUCUCAAUGCUGGUGCUGAUGUGAAUGUACAAGGUGGGCCGAAUGACAAUGCACUUCUGUGUGCCUUGCAAGGAAAUCACAGAGAAGUUGUCGAUGUUUUGUUAAACCACAACGCCAACAUUCAUGCCGGCCACUACAUGGCUAACUCAGCCCUCGCGACGGCUACGAAUCAUGGGAGUCCCGCCUUGCUGGCGAGAUUGCUUGAUAUGGGUACGGGCGAUCUCAACCUGGACUAUGCUCUCUAUCUUGCGGCGGAGCGCGGGAAUCUCGAGAUGGUUCAACUUCUGUUGGUCCGUGGGGCUGGACUGGAGCACGAUGGUGCAGGCCCGGGUGCAACUCCCUUGAUGAUAGCCUCGCUACAUAACCAUGAGGCAAUAGUGAAGGUGCUGAUCAAGAAGGGUGCGAAAUUCUACGUCAAUGAUGGACGCAGCGCGCUCACAGCAGCAACAAUAGGCGGCCAUCUGCACAUAGUACGGCUCCUUCUCCAGUCGGGUGCACCAGUCAAUGUCCAUGGUGGGAAGGGCUACAUUAGGCCUGCAAUUGCUGAGGCAUGUGUUCACGGGAGGAAAGAGAUUCUUCAACUGCUUCUGCAGCAUGGGCAAGGGGUCAACCAUCACACAUCCCCCCCUUUGGUUUAUGCUUCCAUGCACGGGAAUAUAGAAAUUGCGCGCAUGUUGCUUGUAAAAAAUGCCGAGGUCAACGCCUUCGAGCCAGCAUCAGGAUGGAAUGCUCUUAUGGCCGCAGCGUCCAGCGGCCACCUUGAGUUAGUUGAAUUGCUACUCAACCAUGGCGCAGACAUCAACCUCCAAGGGAAAGGUGGAUCAAGCCCUCUUGGGAUUGCGGCUAGACAAGGAAACGAGAAGAUAAUUGACCUGCUACUUGACCGAGGAGCCACGGUUGGAUUUCCCAUUAUAAAAGCGGCAAUAUUAGGGGACCAAGUGCAGAUCGCUGAGGAGUUGAUCCGUAUCGGCUCCGGAUACGACCGCCAAGAUGAAGCAAUGGGGGAAAUCCUGCAACUCGCCUGCCUGCAAGGCUUCAAGAGUCUCGCUCAAGCCCUAAUACAGAACGGUGCAAACGUGAACUUCUCGGACUGGAAUCGUCAUGGAAGUGUUCUGCAAGCCUCUGCACAGCAAGACAAUGAAGAGAUCGUCCAAAUGCUCAUCGACAACGGUGCUUACAUCAACUAUGCAAGCGGAACGCUAGGAACAGCAUUACAUGUUGCCAUCAACAAUGGGCACGAGAAUAUCGUCAUGCUGCUCAUCAACCACGGCGCCGAUGUCAACAUCGAAGGAGGCAAUUAUUGCAGCACAUUACAAGCCGCCAGCUUCUAUGGGUAUGAAGAUAUUGUUAGGUUACUGGUCGAUCACGGUGCCGAUGUCAACUCAAAAGGAGGCUGGCAUGGAAGUGCUUUGCAGACAGCCAGCUCAUUCGGAUAUGAGAAUAUCGCAGUUCUACUCAUUAAUCACGGCGCUCAUGUGAAUUCUGAAGGAGGCGAAUUUGCCACCGCAUUGCAAGCAGCUAGCUAUUCUGGGCAUGAGAGUAUUGUUAGGUUACUGAUCGAUCACGGUGCCAAUAUCGAUUCCCAAGGAGGAGAAUAUGGGAGUGCCUUGAUAGCAGCAUCUAAACAAGGCCAUGAUGGCAUCGUCCAAACACUUAUAGCAGCUGGCGCCGAUGUAAACAUCGAUGGAGGCUCCCAGUUCGGGACUGCUCUGCAACGUGCAUCUGGAAAAGGUCAUCUCCAAAUUGUUCAAAAACUCCUUGAUGCAGGAGCUGAUGUUGAUUCUGAUGGUGGAACCGACGGUACCGCGCUUCACGCUGCUGUGAUGAAAGGGCACUGGAGGGUUGUAGAUGCCCUACUAGAGGCGAAUGCUAGCGCGAACAAAGCAUAUCCAGGAAGAUAUAAGUCACCUACCCCCCUCUACGCGGCAGCUAAACUAGGAGAUAGGAAAUUGGUUGAGCGUCUCCUUGCUCAUGGAGCCGAUGUUGAUGCAUGGAGCGUCAAGUAUGGCACGGCACUAAUCAUUGCGUCUUCUAAAGGACAUCUAGAGGUUGCUCAACUGCUCCUUGAUGCUGGAGCUGACAUUGACCUAUACGGCCGCUUGGAUGGCAGCGCACUCUACGAGGCAUCAAGCAAUGGUCAUGACGUGGUGGUACGAAAACUCCUUGCCAAGGGUGCAAACGUCAACGCCGGGAAUCCCUUCCUGGCUGCCCUUCAGGAUGGCCACAUAGGUAUUGCUGAGCUACUACGGGGUCACGGCGCCAACAUUGAUGCUCCUUCAGGACACUGUUCUUCUGCCCUCAGCUGGGCAUCUAGAGAGGGCAAAGCAAAGUUUGUGCGCACUUUGCUUGAUUAUGGCGCCGACCCAAACAUGGCACGUGGAAAGUUCCCUAGACCUCUCCAAGCGGCGGCAGCCUAUGGCCACGAUCAGAUUGUGGAGGUGUUGCUUGAUCAUGGCGCUCAUAUUGAUGCAGAUGAGAGCGACGAGGACCAAGACAGUGAUGAACCAGAAUACGAUGAAGCAGAGGAGUUCUUACCACAGAAAUCCCAGUUUUGGGACCGAUACGAAACAGAACAAGGGGAGAAGCGUCGAGCCUCUGCCCUCUACAAGGCAUCAAAGAACGGGAUGCUGUCAACGGUACAGCUGCUAAUCAAAAGGGGGGCGCGAGUGGAUGCGCGCAGAGGCCGAUUUGGAAGCGCCCUUCAUGCAGCCCUCAACGGCGGCCAUGGGCAGGUUGCUCAUGAACUUCUAGACCAAGGUGCAGAUCCCCACUUGCGAGGAAGGGUAUUUGAUACAGCUCUGGAUGCCGCCUUAUCAGCAGAUGUUUCCUCCGUCGUGGAACGGUUGCUCAAGGACAGCUCGAGAUGGAGUCCUAUGGAUCUUGGAAAUGCUCUACGUCGUGCCUUAGGCAGAACGAAUAAAGAAGUUGUGGAGCGGUUGCUUGAUCUGGGUGCGAAUGUAUUCACCAACGGCUCAGAUGAUAGCAGCAUGCUUUACUCUGUCUCCGCUGGCGAUGCCCCGGAGGCCCUGAAGAUACAUUUUGCAAGCCUCCUGAUUGAGAAGGAAGUCAAUGUGGACGAGGGUGGCGAGCACGGGAGCCCUUUGCAAAUGGCUUGCUACAAGCAACAGAAGAGUUUCGUGGAGUUCCUACUUAACAUGGGCGCAGACCCUAAUGUACAAGGUGGGAAAUACGGAAACGCCCUGCAAGCUGUCGGGACGGCUCGUAGCUCUCGCAUGAAGAUUGCUGUGGACAUUGCCAUGCUGCUUAUCGAAAAGGGGGCAAAUGUGAAUGCUAGGCACUGCGAAUCAGGAACCGCACUCCAGGCAGCGGCUUUGUCUGGAAACAGAAACCUCAUGCAACUCCUUCUACAACACGGGGCUGAAAUCAACACGCAUACUGGAUUGUAUGGGAAUCCUCUCCAAGCAGCCGCUUGUUGCAUGAAUUCAAAGUACAUUGAGUAUCUAGUUGGAAAAGGGGCAGAUGUCAACGCACAGGGCGGGCAAUAUGGCACGGCAUUGCAGGCUCUCGUAUCAUCCAAUGGCGAUAAUAGGCAAAUGGUCAGGUUCCUGCUAGACCAAGGAUCUGAUGUCAAUGCCAAUGGCGGGGAGUACGGGAAUGCCCUGCAAGCCGCGUGUUGCAAUGGAUGGACAUCAAGAUCAGGAGCCGUCACUGACAUCGUCAACAUGAUUAUUGACGCAGGGGCGGACGUCAACUCAGCAGGCGGAUUAUGUGGCAAUGCUCUGCAAGCAGCUUCUUUUGCCGGCAAGGGCCAGCUUGUAUCAUUGUUGCUAGCCAGAGGAGCCAACGCUAAUGCGCGAGGAGGUGAGUAUGACACGGCUCUAAGAGCGGCUGUUAUUGAAGGGCACAAAAAUAUUGUUUUGUUACUACUCAACAACGGGGCCGACGUGAACGCUGGCAGCGAAGAGAGCAACGCCAUCCAGGCAGCAGCGGAACAGGGUUAUGAAGGCAUUGUCCGAUUGCUUCUCGAAGGAGGUGCGGUGGUUCAUGCUGAUGGGGGUGCGAUCAAGGCUGCUGAGAGGAAGGGCUAUAAAAGAAUUGUAGCCAUGCUUCGCAAAGAAGCCAAGAGUUGA